AUGAAAAUGCAGUUACAGGAUGAUCACAAAAGAGAAAAUAAUGUCAUCUUCUUUGGUAUGAAAGAGGAACAGCGUACCGAAUCCACCAUCGAAUCCAUCACAAACCUGUUAGAAAAUAUCAUGAAUAUUCACAUCAACCCUCAAGAAAUAAACAAAGCCUACCGAUUGGGGGCAAGAAACGAUAACAAACCGCGCCCAAUCCUUGUCAAUUUCACCACAAACUGGAGAAGAAAUGAAAUCCUGAAAAACAAAAAGAAACUAAGCCAAGAAAUCUAUGUUAAAGAAGAUCUUAACAAAGAGACAUUGCAGAAAAGGAAGGAGCUUCUUCCUCAGCUACAGAAGGAGAGAGCCAAAGGAAACAUCUGCUACUUCGUCAAAGACAAAAUCAUCAUCAAAGAGGCGCAAGACGGCAAAAGGGAUAAGAGGAAAAGAGACUGCAGUACUUCACCUAACAACCAAGCUGCAUUGGCCCCCAAAAAGAUAAACAAAGCUAAUAGUAUGCUUAACUAUAUGGUGCGGGGCAGGUCUGAGUCCUUGUCAACACCUUCAACUACAAAAAACGACCAUUAG